CCGUGUGCAUGUGUGAGUGUGUGUGUGUGUGUGUGUGAAUAUCCUGAAACUGGGCGGGAAUUGUCCUUAUAAAGGAAUGAAGGGGAGGACGACUUCUCUCCAUUCUGCUCUCUGCCUCAGAAGGACGCAGAUGUCCCACACAGCAAUGGAUUUACCAGAUUAUAUCAAACAAGUCCUCUGAAGAUCUCGAUAUCAGCCGAGAAGAAGGAGGGAAAAGACAAGCCACAGUUAGAGUUAGAAAGAGAAAGAAAGAAAGACAAACAAAAGAGAGUGAGAGAGAGAGAGAAAGAGAGAGAGCUCGGAGGAGGCGAUUAGCACCAUAAGAAUUCCUCAAAGGAUUUAACAGAUUUGUAACCUUGCCUCUGUGAUUAUGAUGGGACACUACGUCGCACAGAUGUUGCUGCUUGUCCUCGCCCUGCUCUUGGUGCUCGGUGUCGGCGUGUCGCUGGGUCAGAAUGACACCGAACCCGUGGUCCUGGAAGGAAAAUGCCUGGUGGUGUGCGACUCGAACCCGUCGUCGGAUGGCGGCGUGACGUCAGCGCUUGGCAUCUCGGUGCGCUCGGGGAGUGCCAGGGUUGCUUUCUCAGCCAUCAGGGGCACCAAUCAUGAGCCGUCUGACAUGAGCAACACCUCCACCACCAUCUACUUUGACCAGGUUUUAGUGAACAUCGGCAACCAUUUUGACUUGAAGGCCAGCGUGUUCACGGCACCGCGGAGGGGAAUUUACAGCUUCAGCUUCCAUGUGGUGAAAGUCUACAACAGACAAACCAUCCAGGUGAACCUGAUGCACAAUGAAUACCCCAUCAUAUCUGCAUUCGCCGGAGACCAGGACGUCACGAGGGAGGCGGCGAGUAACGGAGUGUUACUGAUGGUGGAGAGGGAGGACCGGGUUUAUCUCAAACUGGAGCGAGGGAAUCUCAUGGGCGGAUGGAAAUACUCCACCUUCUCUGGAUUUUUAGUUUUUCCUCUCUAAUUGCUCUAAACAUCUACUGACUCUUUUUUUUUUUUAAAAAGAGCUUGGAGGUAUUCAUAAUAUGCUGAAUAUGGACCCUGGAGUUUGUGUAUUAAUCUUAUAUAACCAGAGCAAGAGGAACCCGUUUGGAUUUUACUGUUGGGGGAAAAAAUAUAUAUAUAUAUUUCACCUGAGAAUGAAAGUGCGGACAACUACAUAAAAAACGAAGAUGAGGAACUGGGAUCCCGGACUGCGUAUAUUUAUAUUGACCAUGCUUUUUGUUGUGUUUGUAGAGCCUUAAAGAUCGAUGUGAGGUUGAUUGUGGAGCUGCCGACCUUCCCGAUUCGAGCAACGCGUUACUAAAGCAAAUUUGUUUCUUGCACGAAUGGAAGAUCUUGUUUGUCUGUGGUGUUCAUGGUGUUUCCUUUGGACGCUGAACAUAUUCAACAUUAUGCCACACAUAGGCUGCCUAAUAUACAGUGAUUAUAAAAAAAUAAAAAAAAGAGAGAGAAAAAAACCAUAUAUAAAUAUAACCAGCCAAUGGAGACAACUUAAAAACUGAAAGGUCUACCUGAAGUACAUAUUAUUCACAUGGUGUGUUCUACAUUCCAGAUCUGCGUUAACUUUAACUGAUUUGCUGUUCCGUGAUCCUGCUCACAAAUGUGCAUUGUGGAAAAAAAAAAAAAAAAUUCCCUAUAUGAUGUCCCGCCUAAUAAAAUAUUGUACUGUACAUGUAUUUAUUCAGUCUUUUUUUUAAUUAUUAACGACAUACCGAGCCAAAUAAAUAAAUAAAUAAAUAAAUUAAUUAAUUAAUAAAAGCCCAUCCAUCAUGGCAUCAGGACGAUUAAUUAGAAUUCUAUUGAUUAGAUAUUGGAUUUCAUAUUUCAGCACACUCGCCUGCAUGAAGGCACAACCAGUGGUAUGGACGCAGGACAACACUUUAAAUGUGACCAGGAUGCAGUUUUAAUAUGAAAUAACGUAAAUUUAUUUACAUCAGUCGUUACAAACGUUUAUACCAUACCGUCACCACCACCUGCGUACAAGUGCUAAGAUUUAAAGCCGUGCUGAAUUCACUAAUGUUUUUAACUAGCUAAGUCUUUCUCACUUUAGAACCUUGGUACUAAGGUGCUGAAAUGUGUUCAUUAUUAGAUCACUGUGUGUUAGGUGUGUUAACUGUUAAGGUUUUAAUGUCAUGGGAGACUCCAUUUAGACAUCUAGUGUUCAAAUGCUGACUAAAGCAGAGAUGGCUAACACAAGAUUGUUCUCUUACUGACUAGCUGAAGCUUUUUUUUUUUUUUUUAGGCUAUACAUUAAGCCAAAUCUUAAUUGUUCUGUUAUUUUUUGCCAAGUUUAGCUAACGUGCUAAUUAAAUUACUGGAUCUUUAUGCAUAAAGAUGCAACUUGAGAUCAAAUCCAAUUAAGUGAUCCUAAUGUGAAAAUAAUGAACUAGCCAGCCCUAACAUUACAUACCAUAUGCUAUCUAUCUACUUAACUAGCUAGCUAGCGCUCAUUAGCUAGCUAGUUAAUGCUAGCUAGCGGGUUAAUGCAGCAUGCAUAUAUGACUUUGUAUUACUGCGUUUUCUUUCGCCACACAUUCUCCAACACAAUCAUAUUCUUUUUAAAUCUUUGUUUGGACCAAAUAUCCCAACAGCUAAGGAAAUAUUGGACACUUUUGACCCCUGUGGGAACAACUGACCAGUCCUCGUGUGGCAAGCUUGCUUUUUUUUUUUUUUUUUUUUUUUUUUAAAGCAAAUCGAAAGCCUGUAUUAUUUAUUUAUGAAAACAACACUUAGGUUAUUAUUUACUGAGGUUAAGAUUGGAGUUUAAGUUCAGGUGUUGUGUUUAUUGUCAUUGGAUGGUGGUCGGUAGGGUAGUAAGAUAAGUGUGUGUGUGUGUGUGUGUGUGUGUGUAAACGCACUUAAUGUAAUCAUAGAAACUCUGCAGCACAGAGAGGAAAUAUAUUCACGUGAGCAGCCAAAAUGCUCUUACUAGAUAUUACACUGAAAAUGAUCUGUGUCAUUAUGCGAGUUUUUGAAAGCAAAAAAAAUAAAUAAAAAAUAAAAAAUCAGCAAGCAGCGAGAGUGAGAGUGUGUGAAAUGAGAGUGAGUGAAUAAGAACUGAAACUGGGGCACAUCAUUUACUGUAUAUCAGCACUUCGUUUAAAACAGAUUCAGCUUCAAUAAGCCAUUUUUAAAGCUUCGGAACGGAAAUA